CGCCGGGGCACGAUCAUAGCCAUAACAGUGACUUUGGUUGUACCGACUUGAGCGAUUGUGGAGGUACCGACGCUUUGACCCAUACUUUCAUCUUCAACGCCAUGGCUGUAUCUACUAGACGACUCCAGAAAGAGCUGAGGGAGAUUGAGACGCAGGGAACCCCAGUCGGGAUCAAGCUACUGAACGCGGAUAACUUUCAGACGUGGUUACUCUCUCUUGAGGUCCUGGGCGACACAGUAUACGUGGGCGAGAUAUUCGCGCUCAAGUUCCAAUUCGACACUCAAUACCCCAUAUCGUCCCCUGCUGUCACGUUCGUCGUGGAUGACAAAUAUAAAGCACCUAUACAUCCGCAUGUGUAUUCCAAUGGCCAUAUCUGCGCAUCGAUACUGGGCAACGAUUGGUCGCCCGUGCUGAGCGUGGUGUCAGUUUGUGUGACAUUACAGAGCAUGCUCGCGUCAUGCAAGAAGAAGGAGAGACCUCCAGGUAACGAUCGCUAUGUGAAGCACGCUCCUGACAAUCCGAAGAAGACUCGCUGGGAUUAUCAUGAUGACACCGUAUGAUCUCGGCGACCCGCGCCAUCUUUUUUGCUUAUCCGCUUCUGCUUUGUACAGUACUCCUCGAACAUCAUCCUCUGUCGCAUUGCCUCGGGUCUAGAAGAACGUUAUGCAGAAUACAUUGUCUUAUGCUGUUGCUGCUGUCCAUGUUACCGUGCUCGUUGUCUUUGUAAUCGCACAGUAUAUACCGAAACGUUGCGCUACAACGUGUUACGGCCGCGCAAACCGCAUUCG